CUGCGUUUAUCUAACUAGAUUAACGAAACUGCAGUGCCUUCUUCUCUCAUUUUAUAAUAACAUUCUCGUUUUGUUGAUUUCUACCUAUUCGUACUAAAAGCAUAGAGUGUAAACAUAACCUUUUUAAUGCUCACUCUAAACACGCGGUACAUAUAUUUAUUUUACAAAACUAAGCUUUUUGCAUGAGAAGCUGUAUUAGGAACUUUAUGUUCCAAAUUAUUGCUUAUACCUUACUACAAAUUUAAGGGUUUUAUUUUUAAGUUCUUAUUUAAACUUGUUUAGUUCUAUUUACAUUUUCCUGUGUUUUAAAUUUUUUGUUGACACCAUUCACCUGACCUAAACCAUGUCUUAAUUUUCCAAUUAAUAAAUUUAUAAAACUAAACCUUAAAAAUGCAAGUAGCAUAUUUACAUAAUGUACAUACAUCAUAAUAUUUAAUUAAAAUUUGAAUGAACAUUUUCGAUGUUAAUUUCCUGUUCUCUUACAUUGAUACCAUACAUCAGGGAUUAAAUAGGAAGUUGAUUGUUUAUUGUUUUCCUUUGUUACAUAUUAACAAUAACAAUACAAAUUUUAUGCAUAAUAAUUUGCACUUUCGUUGUGCAGUUUCAAUUUUAUAACCGGUGUUUUGCGUGUUUAUAAUUUGUUCAAUUUAUGCAAAUUCUGUGAAAUUUAAAUCUUUAUUUUAACACUUAGCAGGUAGUAUUAGUAAAUGUUUUGUAGUUUAUAAUAAUAUGCCACUGUGAGUCAUAAGGAGUCAAUUCUACAAUUCUACCUCAGUGUGAUGUCAUAAAGCAGAACAGUUUGUUACAUUUUGCCAAAAAUCUCAAAAGAGGAUAAAAAUCGUUUCUAUUCUAUAUGGGAGAGGUUCUAAGGGGGCUGAUCCAACCAAAUUCAACUUGGUUACUUUCUUUGUUUCGAGUGCUUCAGCAAAAUGGUGUCCCAUACCCGCCAGUAUAAUUUUUCCACCUUCACAAAUCUAUGCUACAGAGUUAUAAUACUGAUAUAUUGGCUUUACCAAACUAUAUUCGGACCCAUAUUGUUUGUUACUACUUUUGUUUUGCUGCAACCAUUGAAGCUUCUAAGCAAGAAGUUUUUCUUGGCAAUUGUAGACACCUUGUAUGUGUUAUACAUGUCAUCUGCUGGGUCAUGGGGCGACUUAGCUGGACAUACUUUCCUUCUGACUGGAGAUGACGUAUCAGUUAUAGCAGGGGAGGAAUCAUUGCUUCUACUUAACCAUCAAACCCCUGUAGAUAUAGCUGUUCUGAUGAGGUGUCUGCAUGCUACACCUAAUGCAGCCGCAAGCACAAUGUGGGUGUCUGACUGGCUUAUACAAUUUAUCCCCUAUGGCUGGAUGGCAAAAUGUCACAAUGACUUUUUUCUUCUACAAUCAGUUGACGCAAAAAGAUUGAAAAUGUUUUUUAAAAACUCUGAAACAUCAAAUGAGCUUGUACGACUUCAAAAAUCUAUUGUUGAUAAUUUCAGGAGCAGGAAUCGUAAAUGGGUGAUAGUUUUUCCCGAGGGUGGAUUCCUAAGCAAGCGAAGGAGUGGUAGUCAAAGAUUCGCUCGUAAAAAUGAUCUCCCAAUACUGGAGCAUGUUGCCCUGCCUAGAUCAGGUGCUGUGCAGUGUAUAUUGGAUACCUUGGGUGUGGACGGGAAAUAUCCAGGAAAAAAUGGAAGUUGUGACAAUUCUGCUGGUUUUACUGCAUUGGGCCCAACGACAAAUAGGAAUUCGAGCGAUUCUUGUCCAAUAAAGUGGAUUAUUGAUGUAACAAUUGGAUACAAACAAACAAUGAGUUGUAGUGAGUUCAUAAUAGGCCAUCGCGGCCGGCAAACCAUACAUGUUCAUUACAGAAUCAAACCAGCAAGUGAAAUAAUUACUUCCACACCAUGUAAUAAUGGUAACUAUGAUGUCACUAAGUGGCUUUAUGAAUUAUUCUAUGAGAAAGAAGAAUUAUUAUCAUAUUUCUAUAAGCAUGGUAAAUUUCCCUCGGAAAAUGGCACUUCUCCUCGCGUUGCACCUUUGUAUUAUAGACAUAUUAUAAUGGUAAACAUCUAUGUUAUUCUAGGUUGGGCUUUUAUUUACAACAUAUGUUCUUUAUGUUUUUCAUUGUUUUAAAUAUACAGCAAAUGUUUCGCCAAGUCUACUCAGUAUUUUACAAGCACUGAUGAUAGCAACAGUUUUUGUGUGUUAUACAAAAAAUAUGUAAUUAAUAAGGUUACAAUUAUCAUUAUGGCAGACUGAGUAGACUUUGUGAAACAUCUGCCAUUGUAGGCUUUACUUAUAUUAAAUUGGAUUGAUUUUAAAUUGUUUUACCCAAAGAAACAUUUUUCCACCUCUUUUUAAGUUAUAUUGCACAAGUGUUAUAACAAGGAGUUCUCAUAUAUACUUUGUUUGUUGUCAUAUAUUUUGCUUUAUUCAUAUACUUAUCUAAUGUUAAAGAUAUGAACCCCAAUAUGUUGUGAUUUUUACAACCAUAUAUAUUGGUUAAACAUAAGGAACCUCUAAGUUCCUGUGGUGAAUCCAGUAUAUAAUGUUUUUCAGUACUUCAUAUGCACGGCCUGUACCCAUAGUUACCUACUGUUAAAGAUAUAACGUCUUAACAUGCUUACUCAUAGUUGUUAAACACAGAGAACCUCAUUGAUUAUUGUGGCGAAUGUAAUGUAUUUUGGCUUUGCUUGUUUGUAUAUACACCUAACAGCAGGGUAAACUCUAGGUGACAUUGUUAAAAUACAGUUACACUUAUAGUUGUCAAAUAUAGGGAACCUCAUUGAUUAAUGUGGUGAAUGCAAUAUACUUUGGCUCUGCUUGUUUGUAUAGACACCUAACAGCGGGGUAAAAGCUGUUUUAAGCUUAAAACUUUGGUUCCAAAAUAUGUUACCCCUGUUAAAAAACUUUGCCGCCAAUAUACUACGUACAUACCUUUUAGUUUUAAUUCCAAUAUUGUUACUAUAGUAUAUACCCAGAUAGAUAGAGCCAUCUUCAAUAUUGAUUUAAAUACAAUCAAUAUUUUCAUUACUGAAUUGUAUUUUUCCUGCUACUGUGACAAUACUAUGAUUGUUAUUAUGACAUCACUGUGGUCGCUAUUACCUCGUAAAGUGUUCCAAACAAAAAACUAAAAAUAAAAAUACCACUGCUUUUUAUGUCGUUAUCAUAUUUAUGUCAUAUAUUAUAUUCAAAAUAUGCACGCUACCAAAUGUAGACUGCCCAAUGCUAACUGUGAUAUGUUUAUUAUACUGUGAAAAACUUUACACUGUUUCCUAUGUACUCUCAAUGUAUUACCUCGUUUGUGUUUACAUUCAUAUAG